UACUCUUUCUUUUAAAAUUGAAGAGAACCUAUUUUUAAUAUACCUAGUAAAAUUUAAAUCGAGGAGAACCUAUUUCCUAUAUACCAGUAAAAUUUGAGAACUCCCGUUUUAUGAUCAAUUUACAAACUACGGACAUUAAUUUAGUUUUGUAUCAAGAUGCCCUCUAUUUUUGUGUAACUAUUCCUUUGUUCUUGAACAGACAUUUUCAUAAUAGCAUCCAAUAUCGUUCAUUUUUAGUUCAUUGGGCCAAGUUCAGCUUUACUUUGGCGGUUUGGCGUGCCAGUUUCAUUUUUAGUCCAGUGCCAACAACGUGCAGACGCCGUUUGCUGCUAAUUGUAUUUGAAGCAAUUCCGACUAACUAGUCCCUAGAUUCAGCAAAACGUUAAGUCGUUAAUGCACUUUCCUGGAAUUAGCAUUCCUUCUACGUGAACACCUCUGAGAAUUUCACUCUCCAUAUCGAUCACUAUUUUUUCCUUUCCUCUUUUGGGUUACUGAAAUUGAGUGUUGUAUGAAUGGCUACCGACGGCAAUUCAGAUCGGAAUGGGACAGCUAAAGCUUUGCCGCUACCGGAGAUUGGGCCAGAUGGCAUUGCUAGAGAAUCACCUGUCAUCGCUUACACCGAGAAGAUUAUUGAGGAAGAGCAACUUCAAUUAAGAAAAUAUAUUGAUGAAAAUUACUGCAAGAUCCGUGAUGUUGAGAAGGAACUGGCAAAUCUGUCAAUGGAGUUGAAACUUACAGCUGGCCCUAAGAAAGCAGCACUUGAACACAUGAGAAAGAAAAUAGAAAUGUCAACAGAGAAAAUCCGUAUUGCUAAGCUGAAGGAAGAACAAGCACGGAAGGCAUGGGAAGCAGCAUCAAAAGCUGUUAAGGAUGAGGUGGAUUUCAAGCAAAAGCUUUGUGAGGACUUGAAUAAUCUGGUUCGUGAAAGUAGUAACUGUCAGCUAGCUAGAUUGGAGGAACUGAAAAGGAAGCUGGAAGCUUUAAAUCCGAGCAGAGCAUCCACAUCCUCUGCCUUGGAUCUGAAUUCCGUGGGACCUGCACCGAGUAGUACGACUCGAGAUGUUUGCUCAGUUCAAGGUACACAAGAACCAUCAAAUGGAUCAUCUGAAACUACAUUGAAAGAAGAAAAUGCUAGAAAUGCUGCAGCAGAAAAUGGACAAAACGAAAAACCUGAAGCAAGAGCGAAGAAGAAAAUUAAUGCCCAAGGAAGAGGGAAGGGAAUUGGCAUAAUACCUAAAAGUAGAGGCUCAGCACCACCUGAUUGGACAGGGGCUGGGUUUGAUGUGGAUGGUAGAAGUUGAUCACAGUUGUGCUUCGAUAAAAAAAGGCGGUAUCACAUCAGGUGGCUACUAGGAUUUCUCACUAGCAGGGUAAAUUAGGAUUAAGCUUCCAAAUAAUGAACUUGCGAGAAGAAGGCUGCUUGGAAGAAAAAAUCUUUUACUGUUUGUUAACUGUCAAGUAUUACCUCCAUUUUGUAACAGUAUUUGUUCCAAAAUAUUUGACGUUUCUUUAAAAAGGAAUUACCUUUUUCAUA